AUGGAGAGCUCUGCCAAGAUGGAGAGCGGCGGCGCCGGCCAGCAGCCCCAGCCGCAGCCCCAGCAGCCCUUCCUGCCGCCCGCAGCCUGUUUCUUUGCCACCGCGGCAGCCGCGGCGGCGGCCGCAGCCGCAGCGGCCGCACAGAGCGCGCAGCAGCAGCAGCAGCAGCAGCAGGCGCCGCAGCUGAGACCGGUGGCCGACGGCCAGCCCUCAGGGGGCGGUCACAAGUCAGCGCCCAAGCAAGUCAAGCGACAGCGCUCGUCCUCGCCCGAACUGAUGCGCUGCAAACGCCGGCUCAACUUCAGCGGCUUUGGCUACAGCCUGCCGCAGCAGCAGCCGGCAGCCGUAGCGCGCCGCAACGAGCGCGAGCGCAACCGCGUCAAGUUGGUCAACCUGGGCUUUGCCACCCUUCGGGAGCACGUCCCCAACGGCGCGGCCAACAAGAAGAUGAGUAAGGUGGAGACGCUGCGCUCGGCGGUCGAGUACAUUCGCGCGCUGCAGCAGCUGCUGGACGAGCAUGACGCAGUGAGCGCCGCCUUCCAGGCUGGCGUCCUGUCGCCCACCAUCUCCCCCAACUACUCCAACGACUUGAACUCCAUGGCCGGCUCGCCGGUCUCAUCCUACUCCUCGGACGAGGGCUCUUAUGACCCGCUCAGCCCCGAGGAGCAGGAGCUGCUCGACUUCACCAACUGGUUCUGAGGGCUCGGCCUGGUCAGGCCCUGGUGCGAAUGGACUUUGGAAGCAGGGUGAUCGCACAACCUGCAUCUUUAGUGCUUUCUCGUCAGUGGCAUUGGGAGGGGGAGAAAAGGAAAAAAGAAGAAGAAAGGAGAAGAAGAAAGAAAAAAGACAAAAAAACAAAAACAGUCAACCAAACCUAAUGCCAACUAAGCGAGACAAGCCUGAGAGACAUGGCUUUCAGAAAACGUUAAGCGCUCAGAACAGUAUCUUUGCACUCCAAUCAUUCACGGAGAUAUGAAGAGCAUCUGGGACCUGAGUCAACGUGCAAAAUGCAGCUUGUGUGCAAAAGCAGUGGGCUCCUGGCAGAAGGGAGCAGCACACGAAUUGUAGUAACUCCCACCACCACUAACACGCACAGCUGAAAGCGCUUGCUCUGGUCCCUUCACCUCCCUGCCCUCUCUCAAAGUGCAGUUCUUAGCUCUCUAGAAAUGAGUUGCUGUCUUUCGUCUCAGUAGCCCCCACCCCAAUAGCUGUAGACAUUGGUUUACAGUGAAACUAUGCUAUUCUCAGCCCUUUGAAACCCUGCUUCUCCUCCAGGGCCCGAUUCCCAAACCCCUCACACUGUCUUUUCUACCAUUUUCAUCAUAGAUUGCUUCCAAUCUUUUGUGAAUUUUUUAUUAUAAAAAAAUCUAUUUGUAUCUAUCCUAACCAGUUUGGGGAUAUAUUAAGAUAUUUUUGUACAUAAGAGAGAAAGAGAGAGAAAAAUUUAUAGAAGUUUUGUACAAAUGGUUUAAAAUGUGUAUAUCUUGAUACUUUAACAUGUAAUACUAUUACCUCUGCAUAUUUUAGAUGUGUAGUUCACCUUACAACUGCCAUUUUCCCUAUGUGGUUUUGUAAAGAACUCUGCUCAUAGGUGAGAUCAAGAGGCCACCAGUUGUACUUCAGCACCAAUGUGUCUUACUUUAUAGAAAUGUUGUUAAUGUAUUAAUGAUGUUAUUAAAUACUGUUCAAGAAGAACAAAGUUUAUGCAGCUACUGUCCAAACUCAAAGUGGCAGCCAGUUGGUUUUGAUAGGUUGCCUUUGGAGAUUUCUAUUACUGCCUUUUUUUUCUUACUGUUUUAUUACAAACUUACAAAAAUAUGUAUAACCCUGUUUUAUACAAACUAGUUUCGUAAUAAAACUUUUUUCCUUUUUUUUAAGUGAAAAUAA